GGAGGUUUGGUGUAAAGGGUUCUUCAUCUGCUCCAUCCUCACGAACCCGUCACAGAGGAUCUUACUAGCGCCCACCAUCUUUGCCACCGCAAUCCCUCUUUACGCCGCCACUUGGCACCAUCCCAAGGGGAGGAGGGCUGUUGAAAAACUUAUUAGACGAUGUCGUAUGGUGUUGCCGUGACACACAAGUCGGCAUCCGAAACCUGAAGAACUCAAAUUGAAUCUGUUCUUGUAGAGCUUGUUGAGACUCCUGGUGUUGGUGUUGGUGAGGUCGAGGAGGGGCACUGCGCGAUGACGGAUUUGGGAAGUGUCUUCUUGUGAAGUGACAAGGAAGGAAAGAAUGAGACUACACAUAACGUAAUUUUAGUGGACAUAUAUAUCAGCCACAUGUUUGGACAAUCCAAACCUAAUUUCGGAUGAUAGAGAUUUACUGCACCAUUGAAUUUAAAAAUGCGUGUCGAAUAUACAACUCCGCCUGCACUACUACGACUCGGUGCUGUCUCCUUCACAGUGUGCCACGCACCUCGCUCAUUCAAUCAAAUCAGCGCGUGGCACUACCAUCUGUUGACGUUAGAGGAAGAAUAAUGAGAAGUGGUGAGGCAGACAGAGAAAUGGAAAUGGGUUCAGUGGUGGUUGAAAAAGUGGGAGGCAGAUCAUCUGUCACAAGUUGCUUCUCAAGAUACCCCCUCAAGUUCGUCAUACCCAAAAAGGUGGGUUCUUCCAAAACAGAUGCUGUAUGGGUUUAUGCCCUCAACUAUGGAGGUGGAAUUGUAUCUGGUGACAACAUUUCAUGCAAAUUUUCUGUGGGAGAUACUUGUACCAUGGUGUUAACCACCCAAGGUUCCACUAAGGUUUACAAAUCUGUGGGAUCCAAGUGUUCUCAACAAAUAUUAGAGGCUAGAGUUGGAAGCAAUGCACUUUUAGCUAUCAUUCCUGAUCCAGUAACAUGCUUUUCCACUGCAAGAUACUGUCAGAAACAAGUCUUCUGUGUGUUGCCAGACUCAAAUUUGGUCAUGGUCGAUUGGAUUACAAGUGGGCGCCAUGAAAGUGGAGAAAAAUGGGAUUUUGAUCUAUAUAGAAGCAGUAAUAAUAUAUUCUUAGAAGAUGGUCAACCUUUAUUUCUGGAUACGAUGUUAUUAGACAAAGAAAAAAUUGGAUGUGUACAAGAACAAAUGCACAACUACCAAGUAAUUGCAAUGAUUGUACUCUUGGGGCCAAAGGUGCAGUAUGUCCAGAAUCGUGUGCAAGAUCACGUGAAAGAAGUUAUGUCUGAGCAAUUACAGCAUCCUUCUGCUGCUUGGAGUCACCAAAGAGACAAGGCCGAUCAUUUUAUUACAAAACCAAGCUUCAUAGCUUCUUGCAGUGCCUUUGGUCCUAAGAGAAUUGGUCUUCUUGUUCGAGUGGCUGCUGAGACAACUGAAUCAGUUUACAAGUUUCUACGGCAUCAAUUGGCACCCUUGGAGCCAAUGAUAGGGGUGCCACCAUACAGAUAAAGUGAAGUGUUCUCUGAAAUAAUAUUAGUUUUAAUUGCAGAGCUAUAUGUAUUAUAAUUUUACUUUCCUUUUAUUCAUGUAUAUUUUAUUUUUGUUAUCAAUCUACCAUAUAUUAAGGACCUAGGUUUUUAAUUUCUGUUAAGGAUCAAACUUCUCUUGCAUUCCUGGUUAUCUUUUUCUCCUUGGGGCUAGGGCAUAUUACAAAAAACUUAAUUUGAGAGAA